AUGUUCGUGUUAGAUCUAUGCGCAAGGCAUCCGAGCUGUCCGCCUCGUCGGUCAUCAUCGCUGUUCAUUAGCCAUAUGUGCCAUCCGCGGCACUGUGCCCUGCUGUAUCAGAUGCUCAGGCGAAGGCGGUGGACAAUCCCGCGCGCUUUAUCGUGUCCGGCUUCUUUACUCUCGAGCGAUACUCAGAAGGUGAGGAAGAAGGGGGACGAGGACGAAAAAGUGGAGCAUCAUUUUCAUUUGUGUGGCAUUCGAUAGAGCCUCCAUUUUGGCUGA